AAAGAAUUACAGCACUGCCGAUACCAUGGCUCGCGAUGAGCCACUCCUGGCUCCUCGCAUCUCAUCCGACCACGGAUCAAUCCGCACCACUGAAGAAGAAGAAAGCCUACUAACCGGCUCCCGAAGCCGCCGCGAGGUCGAACGCCGCAACAAGAGCUUCUGGCGUGAAAUCGGUCUCCUUGCAUGGGCUCUUAUCGCGACAAUCGCCGUCGUUGUCCUUGCCGUCGUCUACCAGCACAAAUCCAGCCGCCAUGUUCCGAACAAACCAUCCUGGGGCCCGGGCGGUAAACCGUCAGGCAAGCGGAAUAUGAUCUUCAUGGUUUCCGACGGGAUGGGGCCCACGAGUUUGACGAUGACCCGCAGUUUUAGACAGCAUACGGAGGGUUUACCGAUUGAUGAUACUUUGGUGCUGGAUGAGUAUAUCAUUGGGACAUCGAGGACAAGGUCGAGUUCGAGCUUGGUUACGGAUUCUGCGGCUGGUGCGACGGCGUUUUCGUGUGGGUUUAAGAGUUAUAAUGGGGCUAUUUCGGUGUUGCCCGAUCACUCGCCUUGUGGGACUGUGUUGGAGGCUGCGUCGUUGGCCGGGUAUAAGACUGGAUUGGUUGUCACUACGCGACUUACGGAUGCCACGCCAGCGUGCUUUGCUUCUCAUGUUAACCAACGAGGUUAUGAAGAUCGGAUUGCGGAGCAGGAAAUUGGCGAGUAUCCGCUUGGUCGCGUCGUAGAUCUGAUGCUUGGUGGAGGCCGGUGCCAUUUCCUGCCUAACUCGACCGAAGGAAGCUGCAGAAAUGACGAGCGGGACCUGGUUGAACUGGCGAAGCAGAAGGGCUUCAACUACCUGGAUGACCGAAAGGGCUUCGACGCACUGAACGGCGGCGCUGAGGCUCAAUUGCCGCUGCUUGGUCUGCUGGCUGAGAAGGACAUCCCGUAUGAAAUUGACCGCCGCAGCCAGGACGAAAAGUAUCCGUCUCUGGAGGAAAUGACCCGCACAGCUCUCAAGAUCCUCAGCGAUGCCACUGCCGACAGCGAGCAGGGAUUCUUCCUGAUGGUUGAGGGAUCUCGUAUUGACCACGCUGGGCAUGCCAACGACCCUGCCGCGCAGGUCCACGAGGUAAUGAGUUAUGACAAGGCGUUCGCGGCUGUGACGGAGUUCCUCGAGAAAGACCCUACUCCGGGUGUGCUGGUGGCUACAUCAGACCAUGAAACCGGUGGUUUAGCAACGGCUCGACAACUCCAGCCUGACUAUCCUGAUUACCUGUGGUAUCCUGGCGUGCUUGCCAGUGCCAGUCACUCCGGCGAAUUCCUCAGCGACAACUUGAAGGCGUACAUCUCCGAGGAAGCAAGUCGCACCAAGCAGCAGAAGUAUGCUCGCACUCUUCUGGAGAAGGGACUCGGUGUCCAUGAUGCUACUGAUGAUGAAGUGAAUGCUCUCAUUGACCCGAACUACCCGUAUGUCCCUGAGCAUGUGUUUACGGAUAUAAUCAGCCGUCGGGCACAGAUUGGGUGGUCCACACACGGACACUCUGGUGUUGACGUCAACAUCUACGCAUCCUCCACAAAAGACGCCUGGCCGCUGCAGGGCAACCACGAAAACACCGAAAUCGGCGAGUUCAUGGCCAACUACCUCGACCUAGACCUGAAGCCGGUCACCGACAAGCUUCAAUCAUUGAAAUCUUGGUCUUCCUCUUCCUCUUUAGCUCGCACCGAUUCGAAGGAAUCGUACGGCUGGAUGGGUCAUCCUUUGGAAGAAGAUGUCCGGACUGAGGGAUUGGAUACGUACCAUGGGGACUUUAGGAAGCGAUCUGUUGGUGAAUGUAACUGUGGACAGGCUCAUUAAUUGAACGCGUUUUAGGGGGGGGAUCACGAUAGCAUUUGUCAUGAUAUUUGGUUGCUGGCGUUAGGGCAUAAGUUUCGGUUAAUUAAAUACAGGGGAUUUGCUCUGUUGGAUCUGUUUAUAUUAUAUCAUGUGAAUCAUAACAUAUCAAUCUCAUACAACCGAAGAUAUCUUCAACCACUGUACUAC